AGUAACGCCUUUAGUGUCAAACAGUGGUUGACUUAAAACAAAAUGAUUUAAAUGUAAAUCAAUAGUGAUUUGCGGUUAUUAUUAGGGAUUCAUAUGAAAUGUAUAAAUGGUUUGAAACAAUGCACUCACUAUUGAUCAUCAAUUGGUCUCAAAUGAUGUCAAAUAUCUUGUAUUAUAAGCAAAUGAUAUGAAUUUGAUUUAAAGACAUGUCUUUCUUUAAACGCAAUAAAGCGCCUAAAGGGUCACCAAAUGGGUCAUUGGUGUCGAUGUUGUCGAUGAAUAGUUCACCGCAAUUAACAACUACAGUGACAACCAAAGAGUGCAAUGGUUUGCCAUCGGAUGUCAUGAAUGAUGAGCCGACGGCCAACCAAUUAAAGUCAAGUCCUAAGACUAAUGCAUCGAUAUCGACGAUAUCGAGUCUGCACUCUCAUCGUAAUGUAAAACCUGUCCAUCAAAUGCUUUUAGCCGAAUCAAUGUAUGACCCGUCUGUUGAACUCAACCUCAACUCUCGGCUCAAUCAGAGUUUGCCACAAGUAUUGUCAGACAAUUUAAUAUUUCCUUAUUUUAUUCAAUUCAUGGAAUCGCUCGGAAAUGUCAGCAAAUGUUGGAUCAGAUUCUGGAUUCAAACAGAAUGUCUUAUUGAGUCACAAAAGAGUAUUACAAAGCAAAGUAACGACCAUUCAGUCGAUAACUUAAGACAACACUUUAUCACUGACUCAAUUGGCAUUUACGACAAAUAUUUAUCGGAAUCGUUGACAAAUUCAUUAGAUAUACCGAAAGAAAUAAAAGAUGAAAUUAAAGAUAAACUAAUAAACAAAACAUCUGAAGUUACGUAUAAUUUGUUUGGAAGCGCUCAGAAGUAUACCAUAGAAAUCAUUGAAAAACUUUAUUUUUACUUAUUUCUCGAUAGUUCUUAUUAUUGUAAGUUUUGYGUUGACUUCUUAACCACAGAAUCAGUCACUUUGGCUGACAUUCUGUUUAAUAGCACACUAUUGGCCACAAAUUUUAUUGAAUUUAUGGAAACUGAAGGAAUGAAGUCAUUCAUUGAUUUUUUAAUAAUGUUUGAAAAUUAUCGCAAAUUUUCCAACGAUUAUGACGACGCCAUUGCACUCUUCAAUCGUUUUUUCAGCGAUGACAUCGACAAUAAGUUAGGAUUUAGUGAAAGUUUARUAAUGAGUUUAAGUGAAAAAUUAGUGAAAAACAAUUUCAAAAGUGAUUGUUUGGACAGAGCGGCCGCUAUUCUUAUUCAGUACUUCGAGAAGACUUACUUAAAACAAUUCAUUCAAAACCAAUUCUUUAUGGAUUAUCUCAACAAAUGUCUUCAGUCCAUCCAAACUGAAUCAACUAAAUGCCAUAAAAGGACAAAUAGUGACAGUAGUUAUAAUAGUGAAUCAAGUUUUGUUAGCUCUUUGAGUUCAAAAGGCAAUAAAGAUAGCGACGCUUUGAGUGGUGGCUCAUCUCUAACUAAUCUGAAACAUAAAAACAAUCACUUGAUUGAUGACCUAAAAUCUGAUACUUUAUGGAAAAGAGAUUUAAGUGGAAAACUUCAGUUCACUCAUAUCGACAAAUAUGGACGCAUUUACAGUGAGAUUGAGUCGGAACCCGACAAACCUACCGGUUCUCUGAUGAAAGUCAUGAAAAAAUUUUCUUUGCAUUCAUCUCAAGAUAAGGACAAAGAGGAGAUCGCGUGGAAGAUCGCAGCUAUGAUUGUCAAUGAUGUCACUCACACUUGCAAUGGAUAUAAUGUCAAUACUCAACAAUCGUGAGGCAUUUGGUCUCUAUUUUGUUGAAAUAAAUUAUGUAAUUAUAUUAAGUAUAUAUUGUUUACUAUUAUUGUAAAGUUUAU